CAACUUCCGCAGCCGCCUGGGCUCAGGAGGUUUGGCUGCAUAGACGAUGCGCGCAUCAGGCUGAGACGCCGCAGACGAUGCGCACUCCUUCCGGCAGCACAAUCAGUUCACCAGUGGCUAAGCGGAACCCCGAAGCCACUUCCGAGUCAGAGUGCCGCUCGGGCGCGGGCGGCUGCAGGACAAGCUGCCUCGAGGAGCGCGGCGCUGCGCCCGCGGAGCGCGAGCGCGGCGCCCCGCCCACCGCCGUGGCCGCAACCCAGACGGAGGCCGUCGUCUGCGUGCCUCGCGCUCCACCCCUGCCGCUGCGCCUGAUCGGCCUGGACGUCCACGCGCCCGCCGCGGAGCCAGCGGCGCCAGCCUGCGCGCGCGCCGGCGGGGGCCUCGCGGUGGCGCCCCCCGGGCUGCCUCCCCCGGGCGCCGCUGGGCCGGCGGAGCCGGAGCAGCGCCGGAGGCUGAGCACCGCCGCCCCCUGCUUCGUCCCGGCGUGGGCGGGCGAGAGGAGGGCAACGAACGGUGGCAGGAAGUCAAUCUCGCCCGCGGCGGGGCCGCCUCACGCGCUCGCGCUCACCACCGUGAUGCUGCGCAACGUGCCGAACAACUACACGCGGGAGACGCUCGUGCAGCUUCUCGACCACGAGGGGUUCUCCCACCAGUACGAUCUG